AUGAGUAUCUACAAUACCGAUGAACUGGUACCCCCACCAUGGAUUAACAAAGAAUUUUUGGAAAAAGUUUUAACUCAGUAUGAAAAUAAUGUUGAUGCUGAGGUCGUCGAAUUUACAUUGAGUCCAGCCAGCAUGAAAGGUGAUCAUUAUGCCAGUAUUAUGUUCCGUUGCAAGGUUCAAUAUCGUUUCGAUAGAAAUGCCAGCGUCAAAGAGAAAUCAAUGAUUAUAAAAACUUUACCCAUGGAAGAGGGACCCAAACGUGAAAUGUUAAUGGAAUCGUGUUUGUUUGAAACAGAAAUCAGUAUGUAUUCUGAGACACUGCCAAAAAUUGAAAAGAUCUUGGCCGAGUGUGGAGAACCAACGAAAUUAUCAGCAGAACUCAUCUAUCAUGCAUUGGAACCACAAAAAGUUAUCAUUUUUGAAGAUCUCUGCAGUUCGGGCUAUGACACCAUACGGUCCCGAUUACUCAACGAAGAUGAAAUCAAAGCGGUCUACACCAAACUGGCUAAACUACAUGCUGUCUCCUAUAUGUUGGCUCACAGUGAACAACACGAGUUGGUAACAAAAUAUCAAUAUGGCAUUCUCAGUGUGGAUAGCCCACAAAUGGAACUAUUAAUGGAAAAUGGUUUGCGUAACUUUAUUGAUACGCUAUCAUGCUACGAUGAGUUCGAUGUAUAUUUUGAGAAAAUUAAAGCCAUGAAGGAUAAAAUCAAUCAGAAUAGUAAAAAUCUAUAUAGAGCCCAUCAACAGGGGCAGGGCAAUAGCGGAGAUAUUUUCGUUCUUAACCAUGGUGACUUUCAUAUGAAAAAUAUCAUGUUCCGUUUCAAUAAAAAGGAUCAAAUGGAAGAUUGUAUUAUGGUGGACUAUCAAAUUAGUUGUUAUGCUCCGUCGAACGUAGAUUUGGUGUAUUCACAAAUUAUGAUGCUGAGUCCGGAGUUGAGAAUGCGACGCCAUGAAUUUAUGCAGUAUUAUUUUACGGAAUUCAUAAGGAUUCUAAAGAAAAUUAAAUAUCAAGGGGAGCUGCCACUAUAUUCGGAUUUUCAAAUUUCGGGAUUAAAAUAUCGUCAUUUUAUCAUCUUUUUAGUGGCCGUCAUGUUACCCAUGGUCAUUGAUUUUAUGGGCAAAACUGUGGAGGAAUUAAAGGACAGCGACUUCAAUGAAAUGGUUGAAAAUCCCGAAGUUGCUGCUUCAAAUUAUAAACAACCCGCCUAUGUUGCGGAACUGAAGAGAUUUUUGCCAAUAUUAUUAAAUGAAGGAUAUUUGGAUUAG